ACUACUUUUUUCUAAGUCAGUUUGUAUAUUAUUCUUGUAUGCAGUAUAGCAUUUAAUGUGUAUUGUAAAUACUUAAAAUCAUUUAUAAAAAUCAUAUAAUUAUGUUUUAGUUUUAACUGGUUCUUAAUACAAUAGUAAAACUUGCUAAAGUAAAUUACUUUGAACAAAAAGUUUUUGAAUAAUCCUAGUAAAUGUGAAAGCUGGCAUCUCUGAAAACGUAGAGGAAAAUGAAAACGUCAAUUUAGAGAAAGCAAAAGUAAAGAAACGCUAUAAUUUUUUCAAGCUGCUAAUUCCGGAAUUUUCGAAAAAUUUGCAAGAAUUCACGCAGUUUGCUUGAAAAUAUAUAGAAGUGAAUAGUAAAAACUAAAUAGUUAUAAGCAAGUUAGAACAAGAAAAUACUCUACAACAUGGAUGAAGCGCGUGAUGAAAGCCAAUUUAUUGUGGACGACGUAAGCAAAAUAAUUAAGGAUGCCAUUGAGAACACCAUCGGCGGCAACGCCUACCAACAUGACAAGGUAAACAACUGGACGGGACAAGUUGUGGAGAACUGUCUUAGUGUUCUUACCAAGGAGCAGAAACCAUAUAAAUACAUUGUCACGUCGAUGAUAAUGCAAAAGAAUGGCGCUGGUCUGCAUACAGCCAGUUCAUGCUAUUGGAAUAAUGACACAGAUGGAAGCUGCACAGUGCGUUGGGAAAAUAAAACGAUGUAUUGUAUUGUGUCGGUGUUUGGUCUAGCCGUUUAAGAAUUGAUGAAAGGAAACUGAAGUGAGGUGAUGCCAAAAGCGGCUACAGCCAGGGGAGGGUAUAGACUUUUUAGUUGUUUUCGGUGGACACAAAAACAAAGUAAAACAGUAAAUACUAUAGAAACAUACAACAUUCUCAACCCAGAUAAACGCUUACUACAGCCAUUUGAAUUCAAUUAUAAAAUCGAUUUAUUACUCUGACCAGAGAGCUUGUAACAAAAAAUGUGUUAAAUCUUUUAUAGCUGCAUAAGUUGUUGAAACUACAAAAUAAUAUAAAAUUCUUUAGGGCCUUAAAAUUGAAUAAAAAUAUAGUUGAGGUGGUGUGCUUACUGAUUUUAAGAAUGUUCAAUAUGUGCAGCAAUUGAAUAUAAAUUUGAAUUAAAAUCGCAGAAAAUGUAUUUUUAUAGAGGGUACCGAAAAUAUGUAUAUGUAUAUGUAAGAGCGUGCUUUACAUUAAAAACUAAUAUAUUUACUACUAGGAAUUCCAAUAUUUUUAGUUUUCGAUAAAACAUUAAAAUCUUAGUGGUUUAUGCCAUUUAUUUCCGAAUAACCACGUACAUAUAUGUAUACAUAAAUAUUUAAGGCUUUGCAUCUGAAAUUGAUAAUAAAACACUAAUAUUCUAAAUAA